AUGACCACUUACCAGAUUCGUGAGGUUGAUAACCGUGUAGAGGGGCGUCUCGCUCUCGUCACCGGAGCCAGUGGUGGGAUCGGUUCAGCUAUUGCCAGAGCUCUAGCAGCAGAGGGCUGCGAUGUUGUACUCCACUGCAAUGCCAGUCUGCAUAAAGUCGAGGCUCUAUCUAAAGAACUAACAUCAGCCCACCCCGGUCAACUCUUCCCUUGCAUCUCAGCCGAUCUCAGUUCCCGCGAUGAAACUCGCGGCUUGGUCGACAAAGUCUUUCAGGACUCUAGCAUCUCCGCCAAACAUAAAGCAGUAUCUAUUCUCGUUGCAAACGCUGGCCUCGGUAGGCGUAUUCGAGAUAUUCAGAACAUCGAAGAAGAUGACUGGGAUUCGGUCAUGGAAGUCAACGCGAGGAGUCAGUUCGUGGUGACGAAGGCUUGCUUGCCUGCUAUGAGGACGCAAAGUUGGGGUCGUGUGAUUCUUGUUGGGAGUAUUGCGAGUACGGGUGGUGGAAUAAAUGGUUGUCACUAUGCCGCCACGAAGGGCGCCUUGAGCUCAAUGGGCAAGAAUCUUUCAACUGUCCUAGCUGGUGAAGGAGUCACUGUCAAUACUGUGAGUCACAAAGAAAUCCUUCCUGCAAUGAUUGGCUUCACAGACAUGAUCCCAACGCCCAAGGAAACAACAUGGACAAGAAAAACCGAUCUGGAGGAACUCAAAGAAACAGACCCAGGCCUGGCCAUUGCAGCAAGCGUCCCUGUACGUCGUCUGGGCCAUCCUCAAGAGGUUGCCAAUAUCGCUGUCAUGAUGGCAAAAACUGGAUAUCUCACUGGACAAGAUAUUAUCUUAUCAGGUGGUCUGAAGUAG